AUGUCAGGCCUAGGCGGCACAGAGACUUGUCCCGUGGCGGACAAGACAACAGUCCCCGUGUUAUUGCUGUGGUGCUGGAACACAUUCUUGGAACGCGGCUCGAUGAGGCCUGAUGAGGCCUGGGAGACUUUGGAUUCCAGUCAGACGCGCUCCAUCGCGAGGCAGCUUGAUUCCUACCUGCACCAACUUCGUCAUCUCCAAGGGAUUACAUUUGACAUCUGGAUCACGGCCAAGCCUUCAUCGGGCUGCGAGCGUCAAUUCACCGCGUUCAUUCUUGACGAUCUUGUGAAACUACCAGACCUCCUACGUCACUUUCAGGGCAUGCUUUGA